UGUGGCUUGCUGAAUGCUUUCAUCUCGUCACACGUGCGGUCGGCGGCUGAGUUGUAAAUUGUCCACAAUAUUUUGAGUUGUGGAGAGUUAAAUUUGGCUUUUGACUGAUCGAGACACAUUUAUAUUUUGUCUCGUUCAAUUCGUUUUCAGUUUGUGACGUCGUUGUUGGUACAAUCUAUUGGAUUUAGGCGAAUUUUCCCAUCAGACAGACGAGCACUUUUAUUGCGACUUACAAAAUGGCGAAAGCGUCCAAGAAAGGGAAGGGCCGUGGCCACAAAAUCAGCAAGGUUAAGAGGACCAACCAAAUCAAAACAAAGUUGAUGAAGCAGGGCAAGCUGAAGGGAAAGGGCAACCGACACAUGUCGACCAUCUGCCGAAAUCCUAAAAAGAAUCCACCAAAACCAGAAGUGCCACCAGUUGAAGAGGCCAGCGAUGAUGACAUGCAAGACAUGAUGGACAAGGACGACAUCCAGUUCCUGAAAGACUCCUCUGCUGCUCGGUCUUACAAAAUUCUAAAACGGUUUAAUUUUAACGGAAGAGAGGAGGGUCCCAGGAGGAAAAAGACUAAGGCUGCAGGCGAGGACAGCGAUGAUGAGGAAAUGGAGGAAAAAUAUGAAGAGCAGAGGCAGGAUGAUAGCGAAAACUUAAAGCCUCAAAGGGAACUCUUGCCCAUCAAGACAAAGGACGGAAUCAUUAGGCGAACUACAACAGAGCCGGUAAUAAAGCUUAAGCCAGAAAAAGUUGUCCAAUUGAUUGAGAAUGCGGGAAAGCUGGAAGAAAAAGAAGAGGAAGAAGAUGACAUAGAUUUGGGCCUGGAGGAAGCAGCUGAUUCGAAGUUGGACCUGAGCCAGCCUCUGACUAUGGCUAAAAUGCUGGCGCUCAGGCAUGAGCAGGUCAGCAAGUACAGACUCAGGAUUGGAUGUUUGGCCAGCGGAGUGCUUGAGGAUCCUGUUAACAAGCUGGGCAACUUGAAGCAUCUGCUGUCGUUCCUGAAAGACAAGCAGCCGACAGAGGUAGCGUUGACAGCUCCUCGCUUGGCUGCAAUUUCCCUGAUGGAAGUCUUCAAAGACCUGCUGCCAGAGUACCAGAUUAAAAAUGUGGAAGAGCCCAACGUCAAAUUGAAAAAGGAGACGCUGAAGCUGCGAACAGAGGAAAACAUGCUUUUGUCUAGCUACAAAAACUUCCUCACGCACUUGGAGAAACUGCUCGGCCCUAUUUUGAAGCGGCGCGGCCAAAAGAAUCAGGCAUCUCCACCAGGCGUUCGGUUGGCCAUCGUCGCAGUGGAAUGCAUGAGCCAACUUCUGGAAGCCAGGCCCUACUUCAACUUCUCCUUCAACCUUGUGCGUCUGCUUGUUCCAUUCCUGAAUCACUCGAUGCUACCAGUCCGCAGCACCGUGGCCAAAUCCAUUUCACAGGUGCUGAAGGAUGACAAGAAAGGCGAAGUUUCCUUUGAGAUUGUGAAGAGAAUCAACGCUUUGGUUAGGUCUAAAAAGCACGCCGUGAGGCCAGAAUGUGUUUCUGUUUUGUUGACUUUACGUAUCAAAGAUGUCAAUUUAGACAAGGAGAAAGAAAUUGAGAAGAAGCACAAGAAACUUUCCAAGAAGGAAAGAUUCUUGUCUAGCUCAAAGAGAGAUCGCAAGAGGGCCAAAAGAUGGGAGGAGCUUAACAAGGAACUUCUUGAGACUAAAGCCGAGGAGAACAGGCACACCAAGCAGAGGCACUUCACAGAGGUCACGAAAUUGGUCUUCACGAUUUUCUUCAGGGUGCUCAAGUCUGCGCCUACCUCAGCACUUCUCACAGCCACUUUGGAAGGAUUAGCCAAGUUUGCCCACUGCAUCAAUGUGGAGUUCUACAGUGACUUGGUUAACGUUUUAGAGGGUCUGUUGAAAGAUGAGGAUAACAAAAUUUCUCUUCGUCAUCAGCUUCUCUGCAUCAAAACAGUGUUUGCCAUUCUGUCGGGCCACGGAGAAUUCCUUACCAUCGACCCCAUGAGAUUCUACGCCCAGCUUUACAGAAAUCUCAUGAAGAUUUUCAUUGGCCGCAAACAGGAAGACCUGAAGGUCGCUUUGGAAAUCAUGAAUGAUGCUGUGAUGCGGAAGCGCAAGUCUCUGUCUCAGCAAAGACUUUUCGCCUUUACAAAGCGCCUGUGCACGGUGGCACUGCAGCAACAGCACAAUGGGGCCCUUGGUUGCUUGCAGUUGGUCAAAAGUCUCAUCGAGUUCAGCAGAAGCCUGGACACUUUGCUUGAGCCUGACCCCUCUGUCGGCCAAGGCGUCUACAUGCCCUUGGUUGAUGAUCCUGAGUACUGCAAUGCCAAAAACACCGCUGUGUAUGAGCUUUUGAUUCUUAGGGACCAUUACCAUCCUUUGGUCAGGGACUAUGCUCGUCACAUUCUGAAAAGACCAAACAUUGAGCAAGAAACUGGGGAGAUUGUGUCGGGUGUCCUUCCACAGAGCAUUGAAAAAAUGUCAGCUACUGAGUUGUUUGAUGAGUAUAGUCCUGCUGAUGUGCAAUUCAACCCUGCGACUACUGCGCCCUUCCACUUCAAGCCUAAGCAGCGUGUUUUCUUUGUGCCCUCUAAAGUUAAAAACGUGAAGCUGCGUUAUUUGUUGGAAGACAUCUUAGACGAGGAAGAAUCAUCAGAAGGUCCAAUGAGGGUAAUAGGAAAAUUGGUCUCCACCUUGCUCCGUCCUUCUGAGAGGGAUGCUCGUUUCAUCCUCUCCACCCUUCCAGCUCGAAGCAGGUUCACAAUGGCAGAUGUAAAGGUUCUGGACCCUUUGCAGGAGUCUUCGAUGGACGAGGAGUGUAUUCUGGUAGAUGACAACGACAAAAUCGUCGGCAGCGCUAGUAAAAGAGCCUGUCACUUGGUCAAACCUGACGGCAGUCUUCUCCUGCACAGGGCCUUCAGUGUUUUCGCCUUCAACGCUCAGGGACAGCUUUUAGUGCAGAAACGCUCGCAAUUCAAGGUAACAUUCCCUUCGAUGUGGGCAAACACAUGUUGCAGUCACCCACUGAACGUGCCUGGAGAGGUGGACGGUGAAGCUGGCGCCAAAGUAGCUGCUAAGAGACGACUCGGCUUGGAGCUGGGAGUUCCUGGGCAGGUGGCCAACCCAGCUAGAAUGCAUUUCCUCACCAAAGUCCACUACAAAGCGAAUUCUCCCCGAACUCAGCAGCAGCUCCAAGGCCCACUUUGGGGUGAGCAUGAAAUCGACUACAUUUUAAUUUUGCGCGGAUUGGAAGAGUCACACCUGCUUCCGAACAAGAACGAAGUUGCCGAGACACGAUUUAUCAAGCGAGCUGAACUGACAGACUUCUUGCAGCAACACAAGGAAAGUCUGACGCCGUGGUUUUCGCUGAUCGCGCACACUCUGCUGCCCGUUUGGUGGGACCACUUGGACAACCUGCAGAGCGUUGAGCAAGGCAACUCCAUUCGCCGCUUUUGAACAAUUCGCAGUGGCAAAAUUAAAUUGCUGGGACUCUGGUGUGAUUUAAGUGAAAAUCAAGCUCGGUGGAUCAUGUGCAACUUGUUGCAAAUCGACAGUCAACAGCAACCAUAACUCUAUGCAACUCUCUAUACUCACGUUAUUAAUCAGUUACAUAAAACUAUGAUAAACACACGCUACAUUUUGUGCAAUAUCAAACCGUUAAACUGGUACGCAUGUUGUUAGGACGAAUUUUACAAAAAAUCUCGUCCUCUAAGUUUUUAUGAACAUAUUCAUGUUAUUAAAUUUUAUACUUGGAAGGAGCACUCUUCCGUAUCGAAAAAUAAAGUGUUGAACAAAUUAUAA